AAUUGUAAUUUUUUCUUGAUAGAAAAGUUUAAACAAGCAUAGAAUAAUGGCUACUAUUAUCCACCAAUUUUACCUCAUUUUUCUUCAAUUCAGGAAUGAAAUCGCUCAAGUGCUUGGCUUGUUCUGUCAACGGAACACUGCUGGCGAAUUUACAGAAGCCAUGAGGCGUGAUCAAUACAACAAUUUUUUUAAUGCUAUGCUCUGCUUAUUUCUGUCUACGAUUCUGACGGCUUUGAUGGCAUUCUCGACAUCUGACAGAGGCACAUUCAAACUUAAGGAAAUGGGAACCAAUAUCAUUAGUGCCGCUGAACAAGAUAAAACAAACACGUAUCAAUAAAGUUUUACUUAGUUUUUCUUUUUACACAAACUUGUACAAAAAAUAU